UCGAAUACGGCAAGAACGCCAUUAGUUUCAACUCUGAUAGGAAAGACCUGCAACAAUAAUACCAAAAACACAAAUCAAAGUCGGAAAAAAAAAAACGCAUUCUGAUUAUAUUAUUGCAACGAUCACGAUCAUGAUCAUGAUCAUCAAUUCAUUUCCUUUUCGUUCUUGAUUAUCAUAACAAAGAAACCCCACUCCCCAAAUCCAUCAAGAAUGAGCAGCAAAGAACCGGCGGCGAAGCUAAACGAGGAACAAGUCGCGGAGCUGAAGGAAAUUUUCCGAUCAUUCGACAGAAACAACGACGGCAGCCUAACCCAGCUGGAGCUGGGGUCGCUCCUCCGAUCCCUGGGCCUAACCCCGAGCUCCGACGACCUGGACACGCUGAUCCAGAAGGCGGACACCAACAACAAUGGGCUGGUGGAGUUCCCGGAGUUCGUGGCCCUGGCGGCCCCGGAGCUCCUAAAUUCCUCGGAGGAUCAGUCGUCUCCCUACUCGGAGGAUCAGCUGAAGCAGCUCUUCAAAUUCUUCGACAGCGACGGCGAUGGGUACAUCACGGCCGCCGAGCUGGCCCACUCCAUGGCCAAGCUUGGCCACACGUUGACGGCGGAAGAGCUGACGGAGAUGAUCACGGAGGCCGACACCGACGGAGACGGUAGGAUCAGUUUCCAGGAAUUCUCUCAGGCUAUCACUUUGGCUGCGUUUCAUAAUUCUUGGUCGUCCCUAGAUUAAUUAUAUUAUUCCAGAUUA